AUGACUUCGACAUCUACAGCACCUCACUUGUCCUCAACCAAACUCACACGAACUGUUGCUGCUGAGCGGCGAAAAAAGGUUUUUUUGGACCAGUUGCCAGAAGAUUUCUUACGUAUCGUGUCGCCAAUUUCAACUCAAAGCCACCAGCAGCAGUCUAUGGUUCCAUUCUACAUUGCGGAUCCCAAUUUAAUUGCUCAACAAGCUCUUUUACAAGCACAGUGUGCGUUCUACAGUUUUGCGCCGCCGAAUACACGUGGUCGUAUUUCGAUAACAAUCAUAGAAGCGAGACUGGUAAAAAACUAUGGUUUGGUGCGGAUGGAUCCUUACUGUUCUGUUCGGGUGGCGAAUGCUAUUUUUGAAACACCAAAAAAUGUAAAUGGUGGUAAAACACCGAAGUGGAAUCGUGUCAUCAAUGCAUACUUACCGUAUGGUGUUGAAUCGAUUUAUCUUCAAGUUUUUGAUGAAAAAGCAUUCACUGCCGAUGAAUGUAUUGCUUGGGCACAUAUAAUACUUCCAAAUGGUAUAUUCGGUGGUGAGGUAAUUGAUGACUGGUAUCAACUUUCUGGACAGCAGGGUGAAGGCAAAGAAGGUGUCAUAAACCUAAUAAUAUCAUUUACACCAGUUUAA